AUGUACUUCAAGUGUUUAACUUCAUUAUCAAUUUUUGGUCUACUAUCCGCUGCUCGGGAUUCCAGACCGGUGGAAAGGAUCAUUGGAGGCCACUCUAUUCUCAUCGAACAUGUCCCUUGGCAAGUGUCCUUGUUAAGCAAAAUGUCCCACAUUUGUGGUGGAGCCAUACAGAGUGAUCGGGUUAUUCUGACUGCCGGUCACUGUCUCGAAAACGAAAAACUAGAAGAUUUGUCAAUCCGCGCUGGAUCCUCGGUUUUGAAAAAAGGAGGUCAGGUGGUGAAGGUUCUGAAAGCCAUACCCCAUGAGAAAUACGUACAUGGAAGUGUACCUUUCGACUUUGCUUUGCUCAUUUUGGAAUCACCCCUGAAGUUCAACAGCCGUGUGCAAAAAAUAGAUAUCGCUGAUGAAACCCCCCGGUCGGAAAUAUGACCUUGGUCACAGGAUGGGGUUGUACAAAUUUUGAUGCUAACUUCAAUUGGCCAAUACUACAAGGGGUCCAUGUGAAAGUCGUUGAAUGUGAAAACGAAAAUCCUGAUAUGA